AUGUGUUGGCUGCAAAGCCCGCCACUGGAAUUGACCCUGACCCGUACUGAAGGAGCCACGGGUGGCGAAUGGUUCCGCGGCAGCAUCGAGCAUUUCUUCAAUGGUUAUAGCCUUGGCCGGGGCAUGAGAGUGCUGUCCUUCGUGCCUCCUGGGGGCCUGGCGACGCAGCCGCUGAAGAAGGACGACAAUGACAAAGAGGUAGAGCAGGCAAGUGCCAAGAUGUCGCAGCCGAAGGCGAAGCAGGGCGAGGAGCCCAGCGUCGUGCGCGGGGCCACGAAGUGGAAGAAAGGACGCCCCCUCUUUGAGCACGGCAACUACAGCAGCUACUACGGUUACCGGCACGCUCCCGGUGAACGGGGCGACAGCGACCGUCGCCUUGUGGCCCUCACUGAGAGGCUCGGCAGGAGCUUCUUCAAGCGGAAAGAGGUCCUGGACAUUGGCUGCAACGCCGGCCUCGUGUCGUUGGCCAUCGCGCGCGAGUUCCACGCCAAGCGAGUAGUGCCUUGA